CACAGUUUCUAUCGCUGCUGGAACGCAAUGUGGUGGCGAACACUACCCUACAUUACCGGCAGAUGACUCUGUUCGCUCCGACCAACGAGGCAUUCCAGAGGUUCAACGGAGAAUUGGACGACUCUCUCGUACUUUAUCAUAUAGCAAAUCUGGCGACUACUUUAUCGAAUAUGGACUAUGCGAUAUCAACGGAUCUGGAUGGGAACCCUCCAUUGUGGGUGACGACACGGCGGGGUUCGAUGCAUGACGACAUUUACGUGAACAAUGCCAAGGUCUACGUCAGCCGGUCCUACCAGGCUGUGAACAGGAACAAUAAGUUACAAGUACUCCACGUUAUUGAUCAAGUGCUACUACCGCUGCAGCCUCAUGGUUCUAGCUCCAUCAGUUCUCCAGUCUACAAUCCCAAUGCCUACCACUUUUUGGAACACUCCGACCUCUUCAAUAUUGGGCAGCAUCGGCUCAGGUCUUUCAGGCAAAAAGUGAACCAGCUUAAAAAGAGCAAAGUAUUUGAUUCCGACGGGAGACACACGUUCUUUAUCCCCGUCGAUGAAGGAUUUAAGCCGACAACUAGAUCCGAUUUGAUAGACGAGAAGGUUAUAGAUGGCCAUGUAAUUCCUCAUCAUGUGUUGUUCACUCAUGCCACGCCAGACGCUAAGGAAUUUGAGACGCUAGCAUUCGGAGACAAUGUCAAGGUCAUCAUAUCGUUCAAGACCGUUAUGAAUGGAAAGGAUGAAAUCACCUACGUAAAAUCAAACACCGUCGCUGGAGACGCGAAGCAUGCUCGAGGUGUGGUUCUCGCCGAUAUCGUUAGAGCGAAUAUUCCUGUCAAGAAUGGAGUCGUUCAUCUCAUUCAGAGACCUCUUAUGGUUGUCGACACUACCGUCAUCGACUUCCUCAAGGAAAAAGAAGAUGGACCUCUUUGUAAAUUCUAUGAAGUAAUCAUGGAUCUCGGAGCAAACAACCAGUUCUUCAACGAGCUCACUUUGGCGAAAGACAUCACUCUAUUUGCGCCCUCAAAUGAAGCGUGGGCCGACUUCAGCGUGCAAAAUAUCAUUAGGAACCAUCAAAAGCUGAGAGAUAUUCUGAACUUGCAUUUGGUUCGUGAGAGGUUGCCGUUGGACGCAAUCAUUCACAACAACAUGAAUCAGAUCUACCAAGCACCAACGGCUUCUCCUCGCAAGUACCUGUACUUCAAUGUUCUGACGCGUGCUCAGAAUCAAACCCUAACCGUUGAAGGUGGUGGCGUGAAUGCUACCGUCACACUUCCUAACAUUGCGGCGACGAACGGCUUUGUACAUAUCAUCGACAGAGUACUGGGAGUUCCUUACACUACAGUCUUUGAGAAAUUGAAAACGGAUCCAAUGCUGAAUAUUACCUACAACUUGGGUAAGCGGCAGAUGUUCAACCAGCAGCUAAAUGAUAUGGAACAUCGCUACACAUACUUUGUUCCUCGUGACCACGCCUGGUUGAAGUUCCAAAUCAAACAUCCUUCAGCCUUCAAAUCGCUGUUUAGGGAAGACUUUGGUUAUUUCACGAAACAAAUUUUAGAGCGACAUGUUAUCCGAGCCGGGCGCGCGUACACUGUAUCUGAUUUAAAACUUCUCGCGAACGAAACACAUCCCUUCGUUCUGCCGACUUCACGCGAUCCACUCCGGCUGCGUGUCAAGGAAUCUGAUAAGAACUACUACGUUGAGUGGAACGGCCACUGGAUCCACGUAUUCAGGCCCGACGUCGAGUGCACCAAUGGCAUCAUCCACGUCAUCGACGAGCCUUUCGUGCUGGAGAGUGACAUCCGGGCGACUGGAGCUGCCCACAAAGUUGACCUCGCCUAUUCUUACUUCGUACUCUUUCUCUCUUUCUGUUUUGUAAGAAUUUUUGAAAAUUAA